AUGUCGAUCCUGCAGAUCAUCGACAUCCGCCGUCAUGUCCCAGUCAAGCUCGACCUCCGUGCCAGAAACUACUCCCAGUGGCGCCGCCACUUAGACACCGUUGUCGGCAUGUUCGCAUUGCAUGACCAUGUCGAUCCGGAAGCGGUUUCACACCUCGACGACCCCGAGUGGCCGAUGGCUGACCACGUCAUGGCGCACUGGCUCUACACCAUCAUCUCGCCGGAGUUCCUCGAUGCCAUCAUGCAGCCUGAUGACACCGCGCUUGCGGACUGGAUAGCAGUGGAUGGCAUCUUCCAUGGCAAACAGCUUGCCCGCGUCGUCUACAUCGAUGUCGACUACCACACGCUCGUUCAGGGUGCUCUAACUGUAAUGCAGUACUGCAACAAGCAGAAAUCCUUCACCGACCAACUGCAAGACCUUGGCCAGUCCAUGACGGAGACACGAUGGAUGUUUCAGCUCCUUCGCGGGCUCAACCGCCAAUUCCACGCCGUGAUCCCCCACAUCACCUCGUAG